AUGUUGGCAGGAAUCCAUCUAAUAUUGCUAUACUGGCUAAAAAAGAAAAAUCCGUUUCAGAAAAAAAAUUCUGGGCGUUUUGCGCGCGCUGCGUACAUUUUAAAAGUACUUUGGGCCAAAGUAACAACUCGGUGGACUCCUAUAAAUGACAGACGAGGCAGACCCAGAAAACGAUGGCGGGAUGAACUAGAUUCCUUCAUGGAAGACUGGUCCUCCAUAACACAGAACCGUGAAAGGUGGAAAGAGUUUGGGAAGGCCUUUGCCCAGCAGUGGGACGUUAUGGGAUGA